AUGGCUCAGAGAGGAUCUCAGCUGGAUCCACUAAAGUUCUUUUGUUCCAUCUGUCUGGAUCUCCUGAAGGAUCCGGUGGCGGUUCCCUGUGGACACAGCUACUGCAGCAACUGUAUUAAAAGCCACUGGGACGAAGAGAAGAACAAGGGAAUCUACAGCUGCCCUCAGUGCAGGGAGGAGUUCAGACAGAGGCCAAAUCUGAAGAAGAACAUCCUGUUAGCAGAGUUAGUGGAGGAUCUGAAGAAGACUGGACCCCAAGAUGCAGCAGCAGAGAGGAGGCAGAGGCAGAUGAAACUGGAGAGAAGUCAACUAAACAUCAAGAAGAGAAUCCAGGAGCGACAGAAAGAGGUGAAGCUGCUUCAGCAGCAGGUGGAGGCCAUCAAUGUCUCUGCUGAUGAAGCAGUGGAGAACAGCGAGGAGAGCUUCACCCAGAUGAUCCGUCUCAUCCAGAAAAGAAGCCUGGAGGUGAAACAGCAUCUCAGAUCCCAUCAGCAAAAAGUAGUGAGUGAACUCAAAGAGCUUGAGGAGAAGCUGGAGCAGGAGAUCAGUGAGCUGAAGAGGAAAGACGUCCAGCUGGAGCAGCUGGCUCACACAGAGGACCACACCCAGUUUCUGCUCAGCUACCCCUCAGUGUCAGCACUCAGUGAGCCCACACACUCCUCCAGCAUCCAGACUGCUCCUCUCAGAUACUUUGAGGAUGUGGCAGCAGCUGUGUCAGAGAGCAGGGAGAAACUCCAGGACAUCCUGAGAGACACAGGGACAAACAUCUCACUGAGAGCUGCUGAAGAGGAGCUGCUACUGCUACAACCACAGCAACCACCAAAACCACAGCCAGAGAGCAGAGCAGACUUCCUACAGUACUCACAGCAGAUCACGCUGGAUCCAACGUCCGCAAACAGAAGGCUGUUAUUAUCUGAUGGAAACAGAAAAGUAACUGUUAGAUGGAAAAACCAACCUUAUUCUGACCAUCCAGACAGAUUUACUGGAUACUUUCAGGUUCUGAGCAGAGAGAGUCUGACUGGACGAUGUUACUGGGAGGUGGAGUGGAGAGGAAGAAGAGGAGUUUAUGUAGCCGUCACCUACAAGAACAUCAGCAGAGCUGGAAAGGGAAAGGAAUCUCUUAUUGGAUUUAAUGACAAUUCUUGGGCUUUAUGUUGUGACACAAACAGUUUCAUAUUUCGGCACGACAACACACCUACUCCUGUUUCAGGUCCUCAGUCCUCCAGAGUGGGAGUGUACCUGGAUCACACAGCAGGGAUUCUGUCUUUCUACAGCAUCUCUGAAACCAUGACUCUCCUCCACAGAGUCCAGGCCACCUUCACUCAGCCGCUACACGCUGGAGUUACAUUUUUUUUUGAAGGAGCCUUUGCAGAGUUCGUGAACCCUCACUAGAGGACUCUACCUGGUCUUCUUGUGUAGUUUUCUGAAGGAGCCUCCACAUUUUCUGAGCUGAGGAGUUGAUGAGAUCUAACAGGAAGAAGAUUUGAAACCAACACACCAGCGACUUUCUACAUGGACUAAAGUAUGUGAGACGAGUGUGGAAAG